CGUGGUUUGUAGAAAUGCUAAUGCCAUGUUCAAGAACUGUGUUUUUGGCUAUUUUUUUGAGAUUUCAGUUAUAUAUACUCGUAUAUAAACAAUUAUAGAACAUAUUUAAAUAUCUGUAUAUUUAAAUUACAUUUAUAUAUACCACAAAUGGAUUUUCAAGAGAUUCCGCAUCGUUUUUUGAAGGGAAUAACUUUUGGAAUCUAUUCGUCCGAAGAAUUACGUAAAUUCAGCGUAAUUGAAAUUACAAGCAUUAAAACUUUUGACGCUCUCGGACAUCCAGCAGCAAAUGGCUUACAUGAUCCAGCUUUAGGCCCUUCUGAAUUCAAUGAACUCUGUAAAACGUGUGGACUAAGUCAAUUUCAUUGCCCCGGACAUUUUGGACAUAUUAAUUUGCCAUUGCCUGUUUUCAAUCCAUUUUUACUUACUAUUUUACAUAAAGUGAACCUUAAUUAACUAUUAAAGCUGUAUCCUCAUCAAAAAAGUUUUUUGCUGACUGUACUACUAGCUCUUAUUUUCUGCCAUCUCUGAUCUCAUCACGAAAACAUUAAUUGCUUAAAAAUGUUAAAAUAACAGGGAAGAGCAUUCAUUAAGCCACAGUUCUGUUAAGAAUAUUUUUAUUUGUAUUUGUUACAAUAUGUUUUAAGAGAGAAAUAUUGUCUGGUAAUUGUCUGACUGCUACAUCUUUGUCAAGAAACAAGGUAUAGAGAAGUGCUAAUGAUGAUUUGAAUGGGAAAGUUAAAAAUGUGGUUACUAAAGGCAACUGUAAGAUAGAUAUA